CGUUGUCGUUAAGAGGAAGGUGUCGGUACGCGGGUUCUGGAGAAUUGUGUUGCUUCGAAAUCUUUCUAGUCGCUAUGUUUGGUCAAGUUGUUCGUCGAUUUACCACCUCUGCGAUUCGCCGGUCCCAUUAUGAAGAAGGGCCUGGAAAGAACAUACCAUUCUCCGUAGAGAACAAGUGGAGGCUGCUGGCUGUGAUGGUGGCCUUCUUCGGCAGUGGCUUUGCUGCCCCUUUUCUCAUCGUCCGGCACCAACUACUGAAGAAGUGAAACAUAUUUACUUGUUCUCUUCCCACCAGGUCAGCUCUGUUUGAACAUGGUUUACCUGCAGAGUUUUCUUUAUAAAGAAGAAUGAUGACCUCUACUGUCUUUGUAAAUAAAACAAAUUAAAAUAUA